AUGUUUCUUUCCCUAGCUUCUAUCCUCCUAGCUGCUGCUCCAGCCCUCUCGGCACCUACAACCCCCUACCGCUACUAUCUGAAGUCCUCAACAGACCUCUUUCUCUCCUCCUCAAUGACCUUCAAUGGGAACACAAACUACGUCCUGCUGACUGAAAAACGCCUCGCGCAACCGCUCUCGCUCCACGACAGCGACGGGUCUAUAACCCUCGACACGUCCAACGUAAUCGGCGCAAGUUCGGAAGCCCCUGUUCUCCUCUCCAACGACAAAGGCCUAAGCGACACCUACAAGCUGGUGGUGCUGGGCGACCAGAAGUCAGAGAACUACACCAAGGGCUUCAGCAUUGAUGAUGAUAGCGGCGCGCUGUCAUUGGACAAGGAAGGGUUCGGAGGGUUCGUGGCCUGCACCGCGGCGAAAGGGGUCAAGCAGGUUUACUGGUAUAGUGAGGGGGAGGACAGUGGCUCUGUGCCGGUGAUAUGCGACGAUGUGUCAUUUCAGCGACAGUGGAAUUUGAACGGGACUGGUUCUGGUUAG